GCUUUGGUCAUAGAAAAGAGGCUUUGGUGGUUGGUAUUUAUUGAAGGGAAAUAAAAAGGAGGUUAAGUUCACGUAUGGUCUGCUGACGUCAUUGUGUUCGUUAUUAAUAUUUUGAUGGAAACGAAGAAUGCAGCAGACACAUGUGAUAAUGAGAUGGAGGGCUGUGAACAGAACAACACAACUCAUAUUUCUGAAUUAACGGUGAAAGAUGUUGAUGUAGAUUUUCUGCCAUUGAUUUAUGAUAUUAUUAGAGGUGUUGAGAAGGAUCCGCAAGACACGACCCAAAAAUCGAGAGACUCUCAAGAUACGAGCCAAAAAGUUCUGGAACUUAAUAAGAAACUAGAUCAAGCUAGAAACCAGAUCCGCAGGCUGCCGGGUAUAGAGUUCAGCAAGGAGGAGCAGUUGAAGAGGCUGGAGACACUGCGCAAGCAGCUGCAGCUCAAGAAGGACUUGCUGCUCAAGUACCGACACGUGUGUUCCUUUGACAUUCCCAAGUGAACACUUUUAUACAGCUGUGCAAUGCAAUGGUCCUCCGGUACUUGCUGCGUUACUUCGCUAACAGCGAGCAUAUCAUAAGUCGGCUUGCAGAGUCAUAUCCAAUACGACGAGCUGCCCAGCUAACGGUCUACGCAUUCACUCGGGGAAAGCGUGUGCUAAGUGCUGAGCGAUUGCGAAGUCUUUCGCAACGAUUUGCGCAUGAACUGGAAGAAGCUAAAAAAGAAUUUCAAGAUGAAGUAAAGAAAACUCGUAGGAAAUGAACAUUGAAUUUGUACCAGUGUUGUGAGAAAUGCUUCAGUUCAAGGAUUCAAAUGUUUAGUUUUGCAUGCAAAAAGUGUUGAGUCUUAACAGGUUUUUUUUUUUUUGCAAAAUGGAUAAAAAAGGUGUGUCAGUUGUGUUUAUUGAUGACAUAUAUGCACGAUACUCAGAUGAUUAUUCAGUUAAAGAUCACAGUAAAAAUUCAGUUUUCUCCGUUAUAAGACCUUUGUUUUCAGUUCCCGUAAAGGAACUACCACAGCGGUUCUUAAUAUCGCUGGUUCCUCCAUUGACAACACGUUAUCGUUAUAUUUAUUCAGACUUGUUGGGUCCAGUAGUCAUCUUGGUCAUGUUGGCAGCGCUGUUGCACUAUGGGCAUGCAUCCAAGCUGCCGUCUGCUGCGACCAGCAUCUCGCCCGGGGAAGCGCUGGCGGGGUACGUGGCGCUGGUCCCCGCACUGUCGUACGUGUUGGUCCGCGCAGGUGCGGCACGGAUAACGAUGCGGGAACUGCUGUCGUUGCUGGGCUACGGUCUGUCAGGCCACGUCCUUGCACUAGGGGUGUCCCUUGUGUUCUACCACGAGAUGAGCAACACCUUCUUCUACUGCUGCCUCACUUUGUUCGGAGGCCUGAGUGCCUUGCGCGUUGCCCUUGUCUUGCUGGCCGUCAUCCCCGUUCUCGCUGCCCGUCUCAUUGUGUGCAGCGUGGUGGCAACAGUGCAGCUUCUGUCCAUCCUCUUUCUACACUUUGCCUACAUGCACCGCACUUUUGUUUACGGGGCAGCCAGAGUCCACAAGCACUGACGGGUUGUCUUGGUUAUAACUGUUCAACUGCAGUCAUCUCUUCCCAGUCUAGAAUCCUGACCAAAAUGUACUACAAGUAUACACGCGUGGAACCUGAUUACCGGGAGUAGUCUUAUAUUUUGUAGGCAUGUUGAAUAUGUCAGAAAUAUACCAGUUGUUAUAUUUGGACAAAUAUGAAAACAUUAUUUUUCAAUUAAUCUCUUUUUGUGCAUAUUUUGUUUGGCAGAACAUGUUACCUAUUUCUAAAUUAUGUUUAUUAUUUAUUUUGUGGUUAAUGAGUUUUAUCUGUUUAAAAUAAUUUUAAGUAAAAAAUACACAUUUUUAAAGUAAGAUCUCAUUGUAUUUUUGUUGUAAUACAUCUAGCUGAAAUAAAGUUUGAAAUUUUGAAUAACUUUCUUCAACA